AUGACCUCAUCAACAUACACUCUUGGUGAGAGGUUUCGCGCGUGCUACGAUAUCGACCGGGACCGUGAACGCUGUGACAUGGUACGCAGCGUAUCUAAGUAUUAUCUGGAACGAAGUGGUAGUUGCCAGGCUGUGUCGGACUACAACUGGGGAUUCUCGUAUGUCCAGCUCUUCAUCAUGAUAAUCCUCCACAUAACCUGGAGUUCUGGCCUCUACAUCAUGUGGCUGCGAGCCUACAAGAUCAUGAAGAAGCGAGGGCGAGGAAAAGAAGACGUGGCAGGAGAACACAAAGCUGUCUUCGAACUUGCCGCUGCCAUGCGAGAGCAGAUCAGUGAACCCGCGAAGGAAGAGGGCGAUGACGUCUCUGCGUUCACCGAAGCUAACCUGCGUCGACGGAUCAUGAAAGACCUGCGCGGAGGAUCCAUCUCCUACACUACUCCACUACUUCCUAACGGAGAAACCGGCGAGGAGUGGAAUGCUAUACCCUGGACCAAGAGUCACAAGCUAUCUAUCAUCGCAAUGGUCACUUGUAUUCUGGCGAUGGCAUUGAGCGCGGCUUAUCUGCCACGAACCACCAUGCUUCUCCUCCCGUUACCCGGUGUACUGGCGCUCGCUCUGUACAUUGGGUCGACCAGGAAGAGUCGCAUUAUUUUGUUCGUCUAUAUCUAUCUGAUCGUCACUAUUCCAACGCAGCUCGUGGUAAUGAUAUGCCUACGGUAA